AUGGCUCUGCUAAACCCGACCUUCGUGUUCGGCUUACUUGUCCUCCUAUACCUAUCGUCCUUUGUCCUCCUCGCCGUACUUCGAAUCCUUACCGGCAUCUCCAUCCAACGAAUCGGCUACUUCUCCCUCCGUCGCCUCGCAUACACACCACGGGAUGGAUGCAGGAUCGAGAUCAGGGGCCUUGGGAUUAACGUCCAUCGGCCGACGUUUGCUCAGCCCACAUGGCUAAGUGUCGUUCUGAGUGAGCUUGUCGUUACGUUGGACAUCAAGGAGCUGGAAGGAAACAAGUCGGCCGAUUCAGACGGCGAAGGAAGCGAUACCGAGCCGACGACCAAGAGCAAAAAGACGGCGGAUAAAUCCAAUUCCCGUCCCAAACCACAACUAUCUCGGCGACCUACGAGUACCGUCGUUCGAAGCGAGACAUGGAAGAAGUUGACCAAUGUCAAAGAAAAGAUCAAGAGGCUACACAGGAACAUCAGCUGGCUCAAACUGGUUGAUGUGGUCGCAACCAACUCGGCCGUGAACAUUGUGGACGUGGGCAAUGUUCAGGUUGGGAGCUUCACGCUGGCUGUGGACACGCGACGCAAAAUGGUUGACCGCGCUCGCUUCUUCGCCCGGAGGUCCGAUUCCCGUAGUAAGGAUCGACAGGCAGAAUGGACGGUUACGCUCCGGAGCGUUCUGUUCACUGCCGACGGCAGCGAAUCGAUGGAGGUGCUCGACCAUUUGUUCAUCAAUGUCCACGGGUAUCUGUACAAGUCUAUGGAUGGUUUGCGCGAAGCUGCCGUGGCUGUCAAGGUUGGGCGUCUGCACAUCCCCUUUGACGACUUGCAGACUUGCAUGGACCGGUUUAAGAAAUGCCGGAACGAAACCAAAUCCCCCAGCACCGAUGAGCCUGUGGAUAUCUUCCUGGGCAAGGUUGUCCAGGAGCUUGACCAAGCCGGAAGUACAAAUGCGGAUCUGAUGAGAACCGUAUCAGACUCCAAAGAGUUCUUGAGCUCCAUUCUGCGAGGCAUCAAGGAGAUCCAAUUCGCUGUGAGCUUCCUUGGUGUUAGCAAGAAGGUCCAGUCGAUCAAACCUGGGUCAAAUCCUCUUCUGCUCAAUCUCGCGAUGAAGGAGGUUGGUAUAGAUCUUCAUAGGUUGGACUCCAAAUCGCCUGCGCACCGCAUGUAUUUCCCUGCCGAAGCCAUCGCGCACGAAGCAUUGGCCGCCGCUUUGUCGAUUUCUGUCGGCCUUGACGAUGGCCAUGGCCAGCCCGAGCGCCUCAUUUACAUCCCAAUGGCCACGACCACAAUCAAGACAACCCUACUCUCCAAGACUGUGGAAGUUUUGCGGGACGGCACCGUGGACGAGAGGAACGCGAAUAUCAUGUUUGCCAACUCUGUGGUUACAUCUCCUUCGGUCGAUCUAGACCCUCGACACCUACCGCUCCUCAUCGCCCUCCUUAAAUCAAAGCCCAAGGCACCAAAAGCCAAGAGCGAGAAUCAUCAUCUCAUCUCGCGCCUAUUACCCAAGGCCAACUACAAAUUUUCCAUGCAUGAACCCGUUGUGCGCAUCAAGCUCAAGCCACUACAGAAAACGGAGGACCCCGACGAUUUCGACCUCAUCAUCUCCUCCAUCUCUUCCAUAUCUCUCGAUAUGGAAUCCUCACACAGUCUUUUCGAAGAUCUCCACUACACACUCGAUGGGGCCAUUCGACUUCAGUCUCAUGACCUUUACUACCAGACGAACAACGGUGAACGGUUCAACCUCAUCACAACCGAGUCUCUGGAUAUGAAGGUUCACCUUGGCGCUCGCCCCGACGUGUACGUUGACAUUACAGGAAACCUCCAGUCCGCUUCGAUCAGCGUAAUCAGACCUGAAAUUAUAGACGGUGUGCGCCAGAUCGUCCGAGAGCUACGAAUCGACGUGGAGCCAGAGAAGGGACCCGUAAGCCGGCCAAGGAGUGGCAAGAAUUUCUUGCGAUCAAUGCCGAGCUGGUUACUGCGAUGCCAGUUUGACGCCUCGGACAUGAACUUGGAGAUUGCCGGGAUCGACGAAGAGAUCUCAGACGACACUCGCGGAGUGUUCAUCCAUUGGGACACCGUUUCGGCCGAGUACCGUGCUCAUCGCUUUGAUGGGCUGCAACGGCGGCCAUCUAGGAGACGAGCCAACAGUCGCUCAGUUAACCAAUCUGACUCGGACUUCACGCCCCCGUCUAGCUCGCCUCGGCCUAAGAAGAAGGCGCAAAACGUUGGGGACGGUCGAAGGCUUACUGUCUUUGCGCGCGGGAUUGAAGCUCAAAUCAUGGAUGCGAUCGAUAUCCUCGAACCAGAGCCAUUCUUCAGCAUCCCAAGACUUGAACUUUCCUUGGGAGCUGCCAGUGAUGCCAGUGGACCGACCUUCAACAUCCAAGUCACCGUGCGGUCCAUCCUGGCACAGUAUUCGCUCUACCGACAUUACGCAGUUGGUGUUGCUGUCAUGACUCUACGAAAAGCGUUCAUGCGAACAGGCCGGGACAUUCCACGGCCGAAGCAGCAGGGAACCUUCAAGGAGGUACCCCCCAGCAAGGACCGACUGGCUCCCCCAGGGGCCCCGCCAGAUCUUGGUGGGGAACUAUCUACCGUUACCCCUGAGCUGGUCACGCUCGAUUUCAAGGCGGCGCUCAUCCAGCUUAAGGCUGAGAUGCCUCAUGACCCUUCCAUGAUGCUGCACAUGUAUGGUCUGGAACUCGGUCGCCAGAGGUGGUCCACUCCAUACAUUGCAGCCAGAUUGGUUCGCCUUUACACGGAGCCGCCACGAAUGCGUAACGUGUGGGCAAGGCUCGUGAGCGUCAAGUCGGGACGUCUCGAUCUCCGAGAAUCUCGCAAGAAGACUGCUUACGGUGGAGUGGUCGACGAGAAGAUGGUUGAUAUCGUGACAGAAGCCGUCCGUGUCGCUGUGCCACAUGAAGUCAUCGUCAGCCAAAUCAGCGACAACUUCAUCAAUGUCAUCAAAGCAGUGCAGCAGCUACAUCAUCGCUUUAAGACCGGAACCAACGAGUACAUACUCGAGAAGAAGCCAGAAGGACCCAAAUUAGUACCUAAGGUGUCGGUCCGUACGCGGAAUUUCUUGUUCGAGCUUGAGGACGGAGGCUUCGAGUGGAAGUUGAACAUGAUCUACCGGACUGGCCUCAUCGAGCAGACACAGCGCAUUGCACGAGAAAACGCUUUUAGGGUCAAGCUGAAGAGAGUGCGUGAAGACGAGAUCCGCAGAGGAACAAGUAAGAUUCGCUCUCGGUCAACUUUCCCUCGCGGGCGACCAGAGACGGCGGAUGCCCAUGGAGCGCGCAGCCGGAGCAUGGAUGCCAUGAAUGGAAGGGAGAAUCGACCAAGCUCGCAGCGCGGAAGAGCGCCUCGAUACGACCCCGAGUCGGAGGCUCUACAGGUGAAUGGCGUUUCAAAGGUCACCGAGCACUACGCUCGGAACCAUCUCGACAUGUUCAACGCACAGAGUUGGAAGAAGCGAAUCGACCGCGCCUGUGAGCUUUCUCGAAACAGCAUGAAAGAGUCCCGUGGCCAAUUCUGGGGGGCCAACCAGGUUCCCGAGGACAUUGAGGAGGCCGAGAAUUUGCUUGAAGUGCCACCGAGACCAGCACUCAUGGCCACUCUCAUCAGUGACUUGCACUUCACCAUCGACAAGCCAACAUUCCCGAUGAAGGAGUUGCCGAAUUUCCUACACACGAUUGGAAAGGGGAUGCCUCGGGAUAUGCAGUACAGCUUGCUUGUACCAAUGCAUGUUGGCAUCGCAAUGGGAGAAGCCAAGGUGACAUUACGAGACUACCCGCUUCCACUCUUACACAUCCCUCCGAUGAAAUAUGGACAGUCAGCCAAGAUCCAAGCCGUGUCGUUGAAGACGAAUUUUGUCAUUGCUGAAGAGUUCCGAGGUGUUGAGUCAACCCGCCGGGUACGCGUCAACGUCGUUCCUCCAAGGAAUUCGCUCCCAGGCUCCUCCAACGAAGGCAGCUUUGCCAUAGAGGUGAGGCGCACGAUAGGACCCGUCAAGUCUUACUCCGACGUGCACAUGGACGUCAACAGUGCUCUCCCGACGCGGAUCACCUGGGGUCCCUGUUACCAGCCUGCCGUUCAAGAUAUGAUGAUGGUGAUCGAAUCUUUCACUAAACCUCAGUUCGACCCCUCUGAACGCGUUGGAUUCUGGGAUAAGCUCCGACUCAAUUUCCACUCGAGGAUACACGCGGCUUGGAAGGGUGAUGGCGACGUGCACCUGGCUCUCAAGGGUUCUCGCGAUCCUUAUCAGGUCACUGGAAAUGGUGCCGGUUUCCUCAUGUGCUGGCGCAACGAUAUCCGAUGGAGCAUCAACGCGGAUGAUGAUCCAAAGCGAUUCCUCUCGGUGGAAAGCGGCGAGUACAUUCUCGCUAUUCCCGACUUCAGUCACGAAGUCCGAGAGCAAGCCAGGCGGCAACACGAUGUCGAGGGUUACUUGCCAGAUGACAACUACAAGUCCGAAGCAAGCUUCAAGAAGGUCGUCAUGAAGCUAUCGGGUAAGGUGCAAGUGAUGUUGGGGCUCAUUUUCGAGCGUGCCAUUGAGGAUGGCAGACGAAACUUCGAGUUCCGUCCCCAUUACGAUAUCGUCCUCAAGAACCCGCACUUUGCCAAGCCCGACGAGAACGGCCUUCCGUACGAUGCCAUGCGUGGCUUCAGGAGUCGACAUAUCCAUCUCUCUAUCGCCGUCCGAGCUCCAGCCGAUCGCAAUUGGAUGUCAGAAAACCCCGAACCCUCACGAAGCUACAACACGGUUCAUCUUACGCCGAGAUUCUUCACUCAUUUCUUCGCCUGGUGGGGGUUGUUUGGCCAGCCACUGUCACUUCCCAUUCGCCAAGGCACUCUGUUCCCUGGACGCGAGAAGAACAGCAAGAAGUUCGGUCGCCACCUGGCAACUGUCAAGUACAAUCUGCUACUGGCGCCCUUGUUCUUGAGUCACAUCUACAAGCACAAGGAUGUCGAGGAUUACUCCGAGAACGCCGUCUCUGCGACUGGCAUAAAGGUUCGUUUCGACAGCUUCUCACUUGAUCUUCACCAACGACGAGAGGAAUUCAACACUCUUGGAAAAGGUCGACAUGAUGACAGCGAGAGCAAAACAUCCGGUAUCAAGAUCCAUGCUGCCCAGCUUGACCUUGUUAGCGCCGAUGUCAGGGCAGUCUCAGCGAGCUUGAAAGGAACCACCACCGAGGCCAUCAAGAAGGGGUCAAUUGCGACUUUGAUGAGUGACGCUGAGGAGAAACCGGACUUGUCUCGAUUCACCAUUCCUGAUAAUGACUUCAGCUGGAUCGAUAUGGACGACUUUGUUGAGUUGGAUUGGAUCACGCCGACUGAACCGCAUCCUGACACCAAGAUCUUGCCCCUUGCAUACGCACCCCGGCUCACAUACUUCCGACAAACCGACAUUGGAGGUGUUAUUGCUGGUGAUCCUACUAGAACUAGUCCGUUUGGAAACGAGCCCACUCACUUUUGUGUCAUGCGACAUGACGAUGAUCCCCGACGGAUUCAGGGUCAACUCAUCCAGCACCGACUGGACCAGCUCGGUGUUCAAAUGCAAGCACACGCUCGUGAGGUGGGUGAAGCCGAGCUGAAGGUGAUCAAAUGCGAUGCCAAGGAUACCGACGCAGUUGAAGAGUUUGAGGCGUACAGGAAGCACACUCACGUCUUGAGGGAAAAGAAGGAGUUCUUGGAGACCAUGCUUAACCAGGCCUACAUGAGGGCGCCGUCAAGCACACACAGGCGCAGCACUGAUGGGCGGAAGCCAUCCAGCGAAACCGUUGCAUUCCAGGACGAGACUAUUGAAAUCCCGGCGGCCAGCGAGUUCGAAAGCGAGUUCAACAACCGUUUCGUCAUUCACAACUUGCAGCUCAAGUGGAACAAUCUGCUAAGAAACAUCGUACUUCGCUACCUCCACCAGAACAGCCAGCGGCGUGGAUUUACUUACUACCUUUCACGCCCUGCUAUCAAAUUCAUCCUGGACAUUGUGGAGGAACAGAACAGGGCCAAGGCUAACAGCAACAGCAACAGCAAGCCCGGGAAGGCCAAGUCGACGUACAGUAGGAAAGGUCGAAGUUCUCGCGCGUCAAGCAUGAGGGAGGAGGAGAACGCUCAAGACAUCGAGGAACGGAUCCGAAAGAUUCUUGGUGAGGGCCGCAAGUUCACUAGUGCAACCUGGAGCACAAACGCCGACGGAGUUGUCGAAGGUUCCAUCGAGGACCUGGUUACCGGAAUCGCCGAAGAGUUCACCCCUCAGAGCAGUUAUCACAUCCGCAUCAUUGCACCACAGAUCCAACUACAGAGCGAUAAGAACAAGAAGAAUGUGGUGCUCGCGACAGCCAAGGGAAUGGAGCUGAAGGUGAUGGAAGUCAUGGAGAAGGAGAGAAUCUCUGACAAUGUCAGUGGUCUCGUUCAGCGCCGCUUCCUCGUCAACAUGGAUAGCGUUCAGUUCUUCGUCACGCACCAGAAGUGGUUCCAGACAAGCCUCGUUUCCAUGUACGUUGGAAGCAAGUAUGGUGCCCCAAGUGGCUCAUCUUGGCCACCUUGGGUGCCCAUCGAGGUUGUGUUCGACUUCCAGGCGGAUCCUUUCGGCUUCAAGCGCGUUGUCCAGAAAACUUCAGCUAUGGUUCGAUAUGAUAAGUACAACACACUGCGUCUGAAGUACAACGACGAAGUCAACGCGGACGACAACGAAGGUUUCUCGCCAAAGGACAACGUGGAGAACCGCAUGGACAACCUCUGGGUCGAGUUCCCGACAGCGCGCGCACUCUGCAACUCGUCACAGUACUAUGCAUUGUAUGUCAUCGUGCUGGAUCUCCUCAUGUACAACGAACCCAUGGAGAAGACAAGAAGCGAGCGCUUGGAAAAGAUCAUCCUCGCAUCAGAUUUCAGCGACCUGAGUGGCGCUCCGGCCAUGGUUCAGAAGCUGCAGCAGAGAAUCAGACAGAUGGAGGAGAUCAAGGAACAUUUCCAGACGUACUCCAAGUACCUUGACAAGAAGGGCUGGGAAGACCGUUUGCACCUCGAGAAGGACCUAGCUGCCUGCGAAGAUGAGCUGUUCUUCAUGAUGAAAGCCAUCACCAGCUCUCAAAGAAAAUACGAUGUCAACUCGGUUGACAGCGCUGGUCUGCUGAGGUGGAACAUCUCGGUGCGAGACAUUGUGUGGCAUCUCAUGCAAGACUCUAGUGAUCCUCUGGUGGAGCUGCAACUGAAGGAUCUGGAGUACGAUCGAACGGAUAACUCGGAUGGCUCCCACGUCAAUCUCAUCCGAGUUGGUAAGGUCCUCGGUCUGAAUCUGCUACCAGAUGCCACGUACCCUGAGAUGGUUGCACCGUACAUCGACCCCGAACGACCCCUUCCUCCAGAGAGUCAAAACAAGGAGAUGAUUCGGGUGUAUUGGCAUAUGCUGGAAGCUAUUGCAGGUAUCACAGUCAUGGAUCGCUUCGAGGUGAACCUGUUCCCGAUCAAGGUUCAGCUUGAGCGCGAAGUGGGCAAGCGACUGUUUGAGUACAUCUUCCCUGGCAUCAACGGGGACAAGAUGUCGGGCACAAGGAACGAUUCACCCUUCAUGCUUAAGCAGACUGACCAAGAUGAAGAGGAAGAUGAGGAUGAUUCCAUCCACAGCCCCAAUGGCGUUGAUAUGCCGUCAUUUGACAGAGCUUACGAACGAGCGUCGUCUUCAUCGUCGUUCUCAGCCGGCUCAGGCUCUCUCGAAUUGCGACUUCGCCCUACCCUCACAUCAAACUCGAAGGCAGAGCGAUCUCCACGCAAGGCCCUGAGCGUUAAUACCGGCGGCAGUGAUGGACAUUCGUUCCGUCUGUUCCGUGCCCCUGGAACCUCCAAGACGAUGCUGAAGAAGGCAUCCCACGAGUCGCUACGAUCGACUGCGACACCUCGGGUCGGCAUUGGACGCACUUCAACUGGACGGUCUUCAAGGGAUGGCCGCGAGUCAAGGGACGGUGACAAGAAGUCUCGCUUCGGCCUCGGCAAGAAGCAAAACAACGAGAAGCCGCCCUCUGACGACCUCACUAAGAUGAUGACGCGUGCCAGUCACUUCAUGACGUUUGCAUCCAUCAAGAUGCCCUCUGUUGUACUGUGCCUGAGCUACCGAGGCAAAGACAACCGCAACAUCGAGGAUGUGCACGAUUUCGUGUUCAGGAUGCCAACUAUUGAGUGGCAGAACAAGACGUGGUCCAACCUGGACCUGGCACUGGCACUCAAGAAGGCUGUGGUGAAGGCUCUCAUCUCGCAUACGGGCGCUCUCAUCGGGAACAAGUUCUCCAAGCACCGACCCAAUGCUGAACAACGGAACAAGCUACGAGAACUGGCUAGCAGCUCGGUUCUCAUUGCCCCGUCAUCCUCGGGAGGAUCCCAGCACUACCCUGGCAGUCUCAACGACAGCGACGAUUCCAGCAUGUAUGGCUCAUCCCCAGUUGACUUUUCUCGAUCACCACCUCGCAGCAUCCGAGCCGGAAGCACACACAGUAGCAUACCACCAUCAUCGACGAUGCGACGCCGAAGCCGCAGCUCCAGCGUUAAGAGCCGAAGAUCCUACCGCAGCGGCGCCUCUGGCACUCAUGGCCUUCAGCCACCUCACGGCCACCAUGCUCCAAACGUGCCAUCCUUCCUCAUGAUGACACCACCAACACCCAUCGAGGAUAACCGCAACAACCGACACCACACUCAUGGCAUCGAACUCCUUAGGCCAGGAACAGCAAGCCCCCAGAGUAGCGUGCACAGUAGCAUGAACAGCAGUAUGCAUAGCGGCAUGAGCAUGCGCAACAGUGUGCACGGCAGUGUACACAGCAACAUCCCGGUGCCGGUUGCACAACAGCAGCUCAAGCCUGGGUUUAGGAGAAUCCCGACUGGCAUUGAGCGGCCUCCAUCGAGCCUGAGUAAUCAUGAUUCGGGAUCUGGUGUGCGCCGUAAGAGCGGCACAAGCAAUCUCAAAGAUAAGAUCAGCGCACUCACUUCUCGCAUCAGUCAUAGAGACACCAGCAGCUCUCAACAAGAGGACGAUUCCGAAACCGUGGAUGAAACCCCACCGCCACCUCCUCCAACGACAAGGCCUAGGACACGACGGUCAUCGAGCCAGACGGGACCACGACUCAGCUGGACGCCCAGCAGGAUGAAGUCGGGAUGA